CUAGCCUGGGUAAUAGGGAAGAUGGGAGAGGAGAAGGGAGCAGGUGAUGGAAGUGAGGAUUAUACACGAGAUGGGACAGUGGACCUCAAAGGGAGGCCUGUCCUUAGAUCAAAAACUGGGAGAUGGAAGGCAUGCUCCUUCAUUGUAGGAUAUGAAGUUUUCGAGAGGAUGGCGUAUUAUGGGAUCUCAUCAAACCUAGUGUUGUACCUGACGAGGGAGCUGCAUGAAGGCACCGUAAAAUCCGCAAAUAAUGUCACCAACUGGGUUGGGACUGUAUGGAUGACACCUCUUUUAGGGGCCUACAUCGCUGACACUUAUCUGGGUCGAUACUGGACUUUCAUCAUAGCCUCCGCCAUUUACUUCAUGGGAAUGUGCCUAUUGACAUUGGCUGUUUCACUCAAAGCCCUAAAGCCUCCCACCUGCGGUAAUGGAAUCAAAGAUGAGGACUGUAAAAAGCAUGCCUCUUCACUACAGAUAGGCGUGUUUUACUUGGCGCUGUACAUAAUCGCAGUAGGCACAGGAGGAACCAAGCCCAAUAUCUCAACCAUGGGUGCUGACCAGUUCGACAAUUUCGAGCCCAAGGAAAGGUUCCUAAAGCUCUCAUUUUUCAACUGGUGGAUGUUUAGCAUCUUCCUAGGUACUCUGUUCUCCAACACCAUCCUCGUCUACAUUCAAGAUGAUAAGAGUUGGAGCGUUGGUUAUGCGGUGCCAACUGUUGGGCUGCUGGUUUCGGUACUGGUUUUCGUUGCUGGGACUCCAUUCUAUAGGCACAAAACCCCCUCUGGCAGCCCACUCACUAGGAUGGCUAAGGUUCUUGUGGCUGCGUUUCGGAAUAUUAAGGUGCCUGUCCCAACUGACCCCAAACUGCUUCAUGAGCUCAGCUUGGAACACUACUCCAACUCUACCAUCCCCAGAAUUGAUCAUUCCUCCACUCUAAGGUUUCUUGAUAAAGCGGCCGUGGAAAGUGGGGAAACUAGUCCAUGGAGGCUCUGCCCAGUGACCCAAGUAGAAGAAACAAAGCGAAUGCUAAAAAUGGUGCCAAUCCUCAUGGCAACCAUCAUCCCCAGCACCGUGGUAGCUCAAGCACACACACUCUUCAUAAAGCAAGGGACAACCUUAAAUCGCCACCUGCUAGGUUCCAACUUCGAAAUCCCCCCCGCAUGUCUCACCGCCUUCAUAACCAUCUUCAUGCUGCUAUCCAUCGUGGUCUAUGACCGCCUCUUCGUCCCCUUCAUUAGGCGCUACACAAAAAACCCAAGAGGAAUCACCUUGUUGCAGAGAAUGGGGAUUGGUCUGGUCAUUCAUGUCGUCGUAAUGGUCGCUGCGUUCUUAGCCGAGAGGAAGAGGUUAAGUGUGGCUAAAGAGCAUGGGAUUGUUGCCCAGAAAGGGAUAGUUCCUUUGUCGAUCUUUGUUCUGCUUCCCCAGUUUGGUUUGCUGGGAGUGGCGGAUAACUUCUUGGAAGUGGGGAAGUUGGAGCUUUUUUAUGACCAGGCGCCGGAAGGGAUGAAGAGUUUGGGGACGGCGUAUUUCACGACGAGCUUGGGGGUUGGGUUUUAUCUCAGCAGUGUUAUUCUGUCUGCCGUGGCGGACAUCACGAAGAGACAUGGCCACCAUGGAUGGAUCUUGGAUAACCUCAAUGUCUCGCACGUGGAUUACUACUACGCCUUCUGUGCGGUUCUUAGCUUUCUCAACUUGCUGUUUUUCCUGUUUGUUGCCAAGAACUUUACUUAUAACACUGAGGGGGAGUUGCAGGAAUCCAUGCACCCUUCUCAAGAAAGCUAGCCUAAUUAUAUUAAAACUAGCUCCCA